UCGUGUCGUGGAAUAACAAGCAUGGCGGCGCUCGGUACGGCACGGUGUCUGCUCCGGAGCUACUUCUGUGUCAAACAUGUGCAGAAAAGCCACCGAGCGUUGGUCAAAUGUGGCGUCAGGACACUUUGUAGUGGGACACAAUGCAGCGCCCACUCUGACACUGCAAAGCCCAAGUUUACAGAUGCAGCUGUGCAGGACAUCCUCACCAGGAUUACAGGCCUGGACCUGCAGAAAGUCUUCAGACCCAUUAAGCAAGAGCUGAAACCACCCACCUAUAAACUCAUGACUGAUGAACAACUGGAGCAGGCGGUUGCAGUAGCCACAGAGCAGGCUAAGAAGCUGCUGCAGAUGCCCCCAGUCCUGCAGGAGAGGACGCCCAUCAAUGACGUGCUGUCUGAAGAUAAGAUCCUGGAUGGCAUGGACACGGCUAAAUAUGUCUUCACAGACAUCACCUACAACAUCCCACAUAGGGAGAGGUUCAUUGUUGUGCGCGAGACCAACGGGACUCUUAGGAAGGCGACCUGGAAGGAGAGAGACCGGCUCGUUCAGGUUUACUUUCCCAAAGAGGGACGCAAACUCACAGCACCACUCAUCUUUAAAGAAGAGAAUCUUAAGAUUGUAUUUUGCCAAGACCGUCACGGGGAUGUGUUGGACCUGUGUCUGGUCCAGUUUGAUCCAGAUUCUUCAGAAUUCAUCAGGGUACAUACAGCCACUUAUGAGGAUGUGGAGAAACACGGCAAAUACGAGUUGCUGCACUCCACCAGACACUUUGGAGGCCUGGCCUGGUACCUGGUCACCGCUCGCAGGGUUGACGGGCUCAUAGAGGACAUGCUGAAGAGACAACGACUCCAGGAUGCAGUGAGUCUAGUGUCCCUGUUCCACAUGGUCCAUCCCCACAGUGAGUCAGCACAGGAAGCUGCGAGCCAACAGGCCACUGGCACCGAGCUGCUGAAGGUUUAUGCCCAGAAGGAGUCUCAGAGGUCGGGCUACAUUGAGCUGGUCCUUCAGGCCCAUGAACAGACGGCUGCUGAAGGUUCAGCUGCACGACUGACCUGCUCCUAAAUAGAAAUGUAUGAACUCUACAACGAGGAGGACCAGGGAACCUCAUCACCUGGAAACAAGGUUAACUGUCCUUUCUAUAUUUGGCUCAAUGACAACGUAACCCUUCACAGAACAAGAAGAACAACCUUUGAGACAUUUAUUCAUGUAAAAAUGUGCUUUACACAUAGAGAGACGAGUUAAAUGAUGUACAUUAUAAAAUAAAGCAACAUCUUUGUA